AUGAUCACCUCCACGCACGAUGCCAUCCUGCAGAAGCUCAUCGAGCAUCACCCUCGCAGCAAGCGUGGUCGAAUAAGACAGCUAGCGCGGGCGCUCUCCUUCGUCGCCGACGGUAUCAAACCGUCGCAGCUCAUCGACGACGGUAGCGUCGCGCCAGUCCCGUUGGCGCAAGCGCUCGAGAGCCUCGAAACGCAGGAUGGAGCUUCUGGACUCAGGGUCUGGAUUCAUGGCCCGAGUGGCUCUUUCGGAGUGCUAAACGUUGCGGCUGUAGCCAAACUCGCCUGCCCUCCGGCAUGCGUCAUGGACGCAUCUUGGAACUCUCCUGCAGGCACCAUCCUGGUCAGUGGCGGCGUGACGGGCGGCGUAAGUGCGGAAGCGAUAGCAUCUGACCUGGCCCAGUACCCUCGUAUCUUGAUAGCACCCAUCAUUGGCGAUCGAGAGCCUCAAAUGCAUCCAAUUGCUUAGCGAAGCUUGCCGACGAUCUACUGCGAUUCUGUCUGGUCACGUCCUUUCGCUCUCUGGACAUGCGCCUUCGGCAGGGGUAGCUUUGGCUGGUUGGCUCUUGGACUAUCCAGUCGUGUAUGCACUCAAGUCAGACUCCACAGGAUUCGACUGCAGGCUCGACGUUCAACAUUACAGCAGGUACAAAGAAUCAGAGGCGCAGUGGGAAGAAGGCUCUGUCGGCAACAACCUGGGCGGGUUGCCUUUGUGCUGCUUCGAGGUCUUCAUUCGCCGGGAUGAAGAGGACACAGCGGAGCAGGAGCGUUUGCAGUCGUUCACCGUACCACAGGUGGCGCUGAGUGCGGCGUCUGAACGACUUGGGCUUGACUGCGAAGGCGAAACCAGCGAGGAGCUGAUCCGAGCUCUUUCGAUCCAGAAGAUCCAAACACGUAUCGAAGUGCUGCGUUCCACAAGAUCUCCGCCCCCUACAUCGGUGGAUCCGGCCAAGGACGCCCGCUCCCGCUGGCUGGACAACGUUGAGGCUCGCGCAACUUGUAAGAUCGCGACGUUUGAGCGAGUGGUCUUGUAG